CCUCAACCCCCCACCCCCCAUCCUCAGCCAGACAAAUCUGUCUUUAUCAACCUUCGGCAAAAUACAGAGGAAUCUGUUGAGUCAAUGACCCAAGAAACGCUGCUGGGGACAGAGAUUAGAAUGGAAGAAUGAAGCACACAAAUGCAGACCUGGAAGUGAGAAUAUCAAAUGUGAAAACCUUUCGAAUGGUGAAGAAAUGAAAAGGGGGACAGGGCGUGAAAUACCAGAGGGAGGAGCGAGAUAUCUGUUGAAAAUUUUUCUUCAAACGCAUGUUGCCACUAACCAGGCUAAAUUAUGAAAGAUAAGUAAAAUACAAACUUGGAUUAGGCAACAUCAUGGAUUGGUCACAACUCCUGGAUUAACAACAUGAAAUAGCACGGACCAAGAAACGCAUUGAAGUCAGCACUCUCGUACUGAAAGGAUAACUGGGAUUUUCCUUUCUAGAGCAUUUCGAUAUCAAGUUUUGCUUGAAUUAAGCUACUCCGCUGAAAGUUACCCACCCUCUGAACUUUAAGAUUAACUCGAUGAGAAUAGAAGUAAACAUGCAUUUAGAAAGAGCAGUUUUGUUUUUCUUAUUAAUUAACUGCGUGACCAAGACAUUAUCACUGUCCUCUUGUACAACUGUGGACAUCGACAACAUUAAGAAGAAGAGAAUGGAGGCGAUCCGGGGACAGAUUCUAAGUAAAUUGCGACUUACCAGUCCACCACAGGCCCUGGGUCCAAAUCAGGUCCCAUUUCAGGUACUGGCGCUUUACAAUAGUACGAGGGAACUGAUAGAGGAAUUGGGACAGCACCGACAGCAAAGCUGUGGACAAGAUAACACGGAGACGGAAUACUACGCAAAAGAGAUAUACAAAUUCAAUAUGAUUCAAGGACUCCCAGAAAACAAUGACAUUCCCUCCUGCAAGGGAAUCACCUCCAAGGUUUUCAGAUUCAAUGUGUCCGUGAUGGAGAAAAACUCUACCAACUUGUUCCGUGCGGAGUUCCGUGCAUUGCGGGUGCCCAACUCUAGUGCUAAGAAAAAUGAACAGCGCAUCGAGUUGUACCAGAUCCUUCGGCAGGACGACCACAUUGCCAAGCAGCGCUAUAUUGGGGGCAAGAAUGUGUUGACCAAGGGGGCUCCAGAGUGGGUUUCUUUUGAUGUUACUGAAACAGUGAGGGAAUGGCUUACAAACAGAGACUCUAACCUGGGUCUGGAGAUCAGUGUGCACUGCCCAUGCCACACCUUCAACCCCAAUGGUGACAUUACUGAAAACGUCAACGAAGUGCUAGAUGUCAAGUUUAAAGGAGCAGAGGGGGACUAUGACGAGAAUAUCCGCUGGGACCUGGGGCAUCUGAAGAAGCAGAAAGAGCAGUCCCUGCCUCACCUCAUCCUUAUGAUGCUUCCACCCCAUAGGCUGGAUGCUCAGGCAUCACCACGGAGACGCAAGCGGGCGCUGGACACGAACUACUGCUUCAAUAAUUAUGAAGAAAACUGUUGUGUGAGGGAGCUCUAUAUAGAUUUCCGUCAGGACCUAGGUUGGCGUUGGAUCCAUGAACCCAAAGGCUACUAUGCAAACUUCUGCUCAGGACCUUGUCCUUACCUCCGCAGUGCUGACACCACACACAGUUCACUUUUGAGCCUGUUCAACACACUAAAUCCAGAGGCUUCAGCCUCGCCGUGCUGCGUGCCUCAGGACCUGGAGCCCCUCACCAUCCUCUACUACGUGGGCCGGACGCCCAAGGUGGAACAGCUCUCCAACAUGAUAGUGAAAUCUUGCAAGUGCAGCUGAGAUCUUUGAUCUGGGCCCCCCAAGCAGGUUCGGACCUGACCAAACAUCCAUGGUAGGACAG